AAGGUAAUGAGUGACGUCACGCGGAAGGGCUGUGUUUAAAUUUUUACAAAUAUUUGGAUUUUAGCACAUUUUUACACUGUUUUAGUGGAUUAUAUACAGAUCGAGGAUAUUCUAGGGAUAAAACAAACGUCCAAGCAUAUGUAGAAGUCAUAUAAAGUACCAUGCUCAAGUGCUUUCCUCUGUGGAAGGCCUGCAACCGGCAGGUCGAGUACAUCGACCGAACUCACGGAAAUUUGACCUCGGUUCCGGAUGAUAUUUUACGAUAUUCCAGAAGUUUGGAGGAAUUAUUACUUGAUGCAAAUCAAAUCAGAGAGUUACCUAGGGGAUUUUUCCGGCUUGUGAACCUUCGAAAACUCAGUCUGAGUGACAAUGAAAUAUCCAGGAUUCCACCAGAUAUAUCCAAUUUAAUAAAUUUAGCUGAAUUGGACGUCAGUCGAAACGAUGUUGCUGAAAUUCCUGAAAAUAUCAAGUUUUGUAAAAGUCUCCAGUCUGCAGAUUUCAGCAGCAACCCAAUAGCAAGGUUACCUGAUGGCAUCACCCAACUACGAAGUCUUACCCACCUAGUGUUGAAUGAUGUCUCCUUGGCCAGACUUCCCCCUGAUAUAGGAAGUCUGUCCAACCUGCAAGUGCUAGAACUGAGAGAGAAUGUGUUAAAGUUCCUGCCAUCUUCCCUGUCAUUCUUGCUGAAGCUAGAGAGCCUUGACCUUGGAGGAAAUGAACUCGAGGAACUGCCAGAGAAUAUUGGUUCAUUGCCGAGUCUUCAGGAGCUCUGGUUGGAUUGCAAUGAACUCUCAGAACUACCUCCGGAGAUUGGUAACCUGAAGAAAUUAACUCAGAUAGAUGUCUCUGAGAAUCAUUUGGAGUUUCUGCCCGAGGAGAUUGGAGGGCUCACCAACCUGACUGACUUACAACUCUCCCAGAACCAACUGGAAAGUCUUCCUGAAGGCAUAGGUCAGUUAAGAAAGCUAUCCAUUCUAAAAGUUGACCAGAACAGAUUGUUAAUCUUAACACCUCAGAUCGGAAAUUGUGAAUGUAUGAACGAGCUGAUUUUAACUGAAAACCUUCUGUUGGAACUGCCUACAACUAUAGGGAAGAUGAAGAGAAUUACCAACUUCAAUGUGGACAGAAAUAGACUACAAGAUAUUCCAAUGGAGAUUGGUCGGUGUACUAAGCUGAGUGUGCUCUCCAUGAGGGACAAUAGAGUGAUGCACCUCCCUAUAGAGAUAGGUAACCUCAAGGACCUCCAUGUGCUUGAUGUAUCUGGGAAUAGACUUGAGUACCUGCCUCUGACAGUGACCCAGCUAAACCUGAAGGCUCUGUGGCUCUCAGAGAACCAGGCCCAGCCAAUGUUGAAGUUCCAGACAGACUAUGAUGAGAAGACCAACCAGAAAGUGUUGACAUGUUUCCUCCUUCCUCAACAGGCUUAUCAUACAGAGAGCAUGGAGAAUCUACUAAAAGGCAGUGUAGCUACGGAUCAAGACAGUCGUCUCAGCUGGAGUGAACGUGAUGUUAGCACAAAGUCUGUUGAUACAAGUCGUGUCAAGUUUGCAGGACAAGAAGAAGAAGAGGAUGAUGAAGUAUUAACAGAUGAUGAGUCUCACUUUGUUCGCCAUGGUACACCACAUCCUAAAGAGCUCAAGGCACGUCACCAGAAACUAUUGGCCAAUAAAAAGGUAGAUGGUCACAUGAUCCAACAUGACCCUAGCAAGAAGAAGGAGGAUAAUGUCUUUGUGCCGUCACGUGACAAAGAUGUCAAGUUUGAAAGUAACGAUAUGCCACCCAAGCCUGUAGUUAACACUUAUACUAAAGCACAGCCUUCUGCUCCACCUGUGGAACCAGUCUAUCUCACUAAGCCCCCUGUAAGAGUGGAGCCUCCUAAGCAACCUGUUGUCAAGGAAGUUGUUGUAUCUACAGUAACUACUACCAUAGCAACCAAAGAGGAGAAACCAAGCACAGAUGAAGAGGCUGAAUCUGACAACAAGGAGAACUCUCCAGAGGAAGAGGAUGAUGAUGGUGAAUAUGACCACGAGCUUGUAUAUAGUGAAAAGCAUGUUGGUUUCUCAGAAGAAUUGGCAGAUGAGCCAGAAAAAGACCUGAAGUUACGGAGACGGGAUACACCACAUCACUUGAAAAAUAAACGCAUCUUGAUUGACAGCUCUGGAUCUGAUGCUGAACUCAAGAUCCGUGAGAUCCUGGCUGGCAAGAAAGCUUCAACUGAAGAAGAGUCAGAAGAGACAGACAAACCAUCAGAGCCCUCUGGGGAGGAACUACCAGAUUCACCCCCACCACCAAUUGUCCCAAGGAUGCGAAGAUCACCCCCUCCUCCAGCUCGGGAGCCGUCUCCUCCUCCAGAAAGAUCUCCUACUCCGCCUCCUGUCGUCCCAACAUCAAUCUUGUCAAACAGUAAAGAGCCACAUGUGUCGUCAACUAAGCAGGUAGCUAUGGAGGUGUCUGAAGAAGAGGUGUCCAUUAAGAUUGUACGUGAGCAAGGUCAGGGCCUAGGGAUCAGUAUAGCAGGAGGUAUUGGCUCUACACCUUACAGAGGGGAUGAUGAGAGUAUUUUCAUAUCCCGUGUGAAUGAAGAUGGCUGUGCUGCUGCAGCUGGACUCAUGGUGGGGGACAAAGUUAUCUCAGUAAAUGGUGUAAAUACUCUUCAUGUUGACCACACUGUUGCUGUGCAAGCCUUGAAGGAGGCUGGCAAUAUUGUAUGUAUGGUUGUGGCGAGAGAGAUGUUUGUGCAGCCAAAUGAACCAAAGACAGUCCCCAACAGUGAGGUGAAGAAACGCCGCAACUCCGCUGGCAACAACGUAUCUUUCGCUCCUGAACCAGAAAUGGAGAUCCAGGCAGAGACAGUUAGUGUGAGUCUAUCUAGAGAUGAGAGUGGAUUAGGGUUUAGCAUAGCAGGGGGUAGGGGAAGCGUGCCUUUUAGACCUGGCUCUACGGAUGAUGCAAUUUACAUAUCACGUGUGACUGAAGGGGGUGUGGCUGAGAGAUGUGGCCAGUUGCAAGUGGGGGAUAGGAUUUUAUCAAUCAACAAUGUAGAUAUGACAGAUGCCCGACAUGACCAAGCAGUUGCUCUCCUUACAAGUUCGGCUAAUGAUGUCCAUUUAGUGGUCUAUAGGGAGCAGUUAGUUGUCAAACAACCUGAACUCAAUUCUAGUGAAAAACAAACAAGAACUGCUCCGCCAGUAGUUGAACAUAUAGAACAACCUGUAAAGGAACACAUUAGUGAAGUUAAACCAAUACUAACUGCUCCCCCAGUAGUGACCAAAGCAGACAAUAGGCCCUCUAGUGAGGCCUCAGAUUCAGGAGAAAUAAAAACGAACACUGGCAGUUUUAGUUAUAAGCCAAGAUUUGUGCCGCCCACUAGGAUUACUACAAAUGAAACAAAUGACUCUGAAGUGAAUAGUUCAGGUAUUGCUCAAGCAAAGACAAUUACCACGACAACCAAGCAGGUUGUCACAACAACAAAGCCAGUUGUCAAGACAACGGUUCAAUCCCCAUCCCCUUCUUCCCCCAAUGAACCCAAAGUGCCAGAGAAACCAAGUCCAUAUGCACAGGAACUAAUAACAGUAAUUAAAGCAGGAGGUCCCCUUGGCCUGAGUAUUGUUGGGGGCAAUGACCAAUCUAGUCAGCCAUUUGGUAACAAAGAUGAUGAGUCUGGGAUAUUUGUUUCUAAGAUUGUACCAUUUGGUGCAGCCUCAAAAGUAAAUCUGCAGGUUGGGGAUCGUGUGUUGAAGGUGAAUGAGAAAGAUGUCACUAAUGCUAGCCAUCAAGAGGCUGUCAUGGCUCUUAUAUCCCCAACAUAUGACAUCAAGCUGUUGGUCAGACACGACCCUCCUCCCAAAGGGCUUACUGAGUUGAACAUCCCCAAGGGUAAUGGUGAAAAAUUGGGUAUGAGUAUAAAGGGAGGACUUCAUAGUCAACCUGGCAACCCUGCUAACAAGGCUGAUGAAGGAAUAUUUGUCUCAAAGAUCCAGCCAGGUGGCGCUGUAAGUAAAGAUGGCCGUAUGGUGGUUGGACAGAGGAUCCUGGAGGUUAAUGGCACCAGUCUGAUAGGUGCCAGCCACCAGGAGGCAGUGCGAGCACUCCGUAGUGUAGGUGACGUCUUAACAAUCAUGGUGUGUGACGGCUUUGACCCUAGCCAUCACAAUAUGGUGUCCCCCACGGGGACUGGGCCUAGCUUGAACUCUCAGGGACGAUUCGACUCCAUCAGUAGUAUAGAUAGAGAUGAUGCAGACUUCGAUAUUGUCAAACAGGAGCAAGAAACCCUACAGGAAGCUGCUAUGUGGGAACAGGAAGAUUUGGCAAAGAUUGAACAAAUGAGGAGGGAGCAAGAACGACAAACUCAACAGCUGACUAAAGAGAAUAGUGUUCAGAGUCUCAACAGUAUCGCCAGUCUUAACAGUCUGGAUGAUAUUCCUUUCGCUGAUAGCAUCCCAAAGGACCCUUCAGCCCCAGCAGCUCCUACCCCCCAGCCUGCAAAACAGCCCCCACCAGUCGCACAUAAGCCAGCGCCCCCUGUUGCACAGAAGCCAUCCAAAAUACCCAAGCCCCCUGUAAGCCAGAAACCUAAAAUCCCUCCACCAGGUGUCACCUCUGGAGAUAUUGACCCAAUUAGGGCUUCCCGGUUACCUGCAGCUAAAAUCAAACCCAAGACUAAUAUACCUAAGCCUGGCUUUGAAAGCAAGUCACCAGCUGAAGAUGUACAGACUGAGAACAAGCCAGAAGAAAACAAACCCAUAGACAACAAAACUAGAUCUUUAAUUGAUAGGAAGAAAUUUUUUGAGCAAGAGAUCAAACAGUCCAGUGAAACUCAACCAAAAACAGCCAAAAAGUUUUCCUACCUCCAAGAACAUGAGAUAUCUAAAAUGAAAAUAGAAGAUGAUCAGAAGACUAAUUCUAUGUCUAAAGAGGAAAUAUUGAACUACAUGUCUUCAGAUUCCAAAGAUCAUGAUUUUAGCAAAAUAAUAGCAAAGAAACCCGAUGUAACAGUUAAUGCUCAUACAGACUCACAGGUUGAGACCACAAAGCAGCAAAUCAUGGAACUAGAGACAACCUCUAAUGGUGGAGUUUGAAGCAUCACGCAACAUUUGACAAGGCUUGAUGGAUUCACUGGGCAUAGCAAUGCUGCGGGUCUUAUGUUACUAUGGCAACUUUGAGAUUGUUGCUAUGGCAGUGGUUACUAAGUUUGUGCUAUGAUACCUGUAACUGAGUCUAUCACCAUGACAUACGUUACUGCAAGAGAAUAUUGUUAUGUCAGCUGUAGACUCAAUACGUGCUAUCUGCUGCUUAAAUAAGGAACAGUACAGCUAGAGCAAGAUGCAAAGAGGAAUCCCUGGUUAUUUCCAUUUAACCUACAUGAAUAAUGGAAAGUGAAAUGUUCAGGCAUGGACGAUUAAUUGUACAGUAAGAUGUGUGUUAGAAUAUUAUUCUAACUGCUUUUCAUUUUCGAAAUAACAAUGUUUGAACUUGGGUCUGCGAGUGGUUUCGUUUGGAUUCAGCCACCAGAUCUACUGAAUUGAGAUAUACAGGUACUCAACUGCAACAUCUACAGUAGGUUAACAUGAGCUACAGUAUUAUUAUAACAUGUACUGCAUACAUUAUGUUAUCAUGUAAAAAGCAAGGCCUAACAAUAAUAAUGCCCAAUGUGCAAUAGGAAAGAGCUCAUGGUAUGCUCCCGGAGGACAGGGGAGCAUGUGUUUUGCUCCGAGGAAUGAGCUCGUGGUAUGCUCCCAUAGGACAAGGGAGCAUAUGCUAUGCUCCAAGGGGAGCUGUUUGUGUGCGAUUGUAGGGUGGAAGUGUGUAUAUUGUACAGUGUGGACUACACAUUAUGGAUUCCGAUGCAGUGUGAACCAACGUGGUUGUAUAGAAUCAAUGUGGUGCUGUACAAAAGGGCAAUGAUUUGAUAUCAUUGACCAGCUUGUAGUUAGAUUAGUUGAACAGUAAGCAG